UUACACAACUUACACGUGAAUUAUUGUAGAUCUAUUUAAUUAUUUUGCGGUUUUUAAUUAAAUAUGCUGCUGGAAAUCAUAAUUUGCUGUAUUUUACUUGCUGUUGCUACUGUUGGAUUUUAUUAUUACAAAUUCAGAAUAGCAAACAGAGUUCGAGCCCCGAAAGAUGUAGUUCUGCUCUACCAGGUUGGCCGUGGACCACGGGCGCCGAGUUUCUCGCCGUUCCCUAUGAAACUGGAGACGUUCCUUCGGAUGACUGCAAUACCAUAUAUUAAUGAUCAUGCGGCACGGUUCUCCAGCAAAGGUAAGACUCCCUGGAUAGAACUGAACGGUAAAGCUGUCGCAGAUAGUCAACUUGCUAUUGAGUUUCUCAAGAAAAAGUUUGGAGUGGAUGCUGACGGUCAUCUUACAGAGGGAGACAAGGCGGUGGCUAGAGCCUUCUUGAAACUGACGGAAGAAAAUCUCUACUGGACUAUGUGUAUAGAGAUGUUUGGGGACAAUCUUGAACCCGUGAAAACCGUGAUUCCAUAUCGUGGGUUUAAACUUUGGUUAACGGUGACCUUAUUACGAAGGGCCUUGGGCAAGCAAACAUGGGGUCAUGGAAUAGGGAGACACACAAAGGACGAGGUAUGGGAUAUUGCAGUGCGGGAUAUGAACGCCCUUUCAAAUUAUUUGGGUACUAAGAAGUUUCUGAUGGGCGAUGAACCUUCCGAGGUGGACUGUUCAGUGUUUGGGAUGAUUGCCCAGAUCUACUGGCACAUGCCGGGCUCAAAACAUCAGGUUUAUCUAAAAGAAAAUCUUCAGAAUUUAGUAGACUAUAUAUAUAGAAUGAAGGAUCGCUUUUGGCCUGACUGGGAGAGCAUGACGUUAGAAGGUUCAAGUUGCAAAUCGGACCACGGGGAGCUGCACAUGCCAGAGAAAGUGACCACCCGGAAUGGCUUAUCAGGGCACAGAUUCCUUAACGGUACAACUUGAGUUACUGGGACGGUUGACAGGCCUCUGGAUUUAUGUAUUUUUUCUGAAAUUGUUCUGAAUUAGAAUUCUUUUCUGAGCCGAACUGCUUCUGCCAACGUAUUUACGCGUUAGGAAGGCAUUGUGAACUCUGAAAAUCUGAAGAUGUAUUGAUUCCCGUUUACCAGCUAUAUAAGCAUAUUGGGAUUUUUUUUCAAAGCUGAAGACGAAGCAAUAUGUGUAACACUUUACUGUCAGUUUAACAAAUUACCCCCGAAUGCAUCGUAAAAAUUGAAGAUGCGUGUAUCCCAUUUUUCUAACAUUUUACAUAAUUAUUAGGAGUACCCUCUUGCUGGCAUAUUAACAAAAUACGAAGGCACUGCAAAAGCGGAAGACUUUUAUUAGACAUUUUCAUAAUCAAAUAAAGUAUUCCGAUUUCCAGGCAUUUUUUAUGACACAUCAUUGAUUAAGAAGUAAUUCCAUUCCGAAGAUUAUCCAGUGUAUCAGACAUUUUAACCAAUUUCGAAGGCAUCAUGAAAUGUGAAGUUGCAUGUAUCCUAGUUUUUAACUGAGCUAUUAGUAUAGGUGGAUCGUCCACUUACUGGUCAGAAUAACACCAAAUUUGGUCUAUAGCAUCCUGGUGAGGUCUUCUAUCAAGUUUGUUCAAAUGGGGGCACUUUGCACCUUCAAGGGGCCACUAGAGCUGAAAACAGGAAAACCUUUAUAUGACUUCUUUUCAUGAAUCGUUAAAUAGAUCUUCAUCAAACUUGGUCUGUAGCAUCAUUUCAAGGUACUCCCCCAAGUUUGUUCAAAUGAGGGCACUUGGCCCCUUUUAGGGACCGCUAGACCUGAAAAUAGAAAUACCUUUAAACAACUUCUUAUUAUGUACCUCUUGAUGAAUUUUCAUCAAACUUGGUCUGUAGCAUCAUUAUUUGGUCCUCUCCAAAUUUGUUCAAAUGGGGACACUUGGCCUCUUUUAGGGGCCGCUAGAGCUAAAAAUAGAAAUAUCUUUAAAAGUCUUCUUUCCAUGAAAUGCUUGAUGGAUCUGCAUUAAACUUUGUCUGUAGCAUAAUUAUAUGGUCCUCUCUCCCAGAUUGUUUAAAUGAAGGCAUUUGGCCCCUUUUAGGGUCCGAUAGAGCUAAAAUAGAAAACAAAACUAGGAGAACUGUAAUAAUACAUAUUGAAUAAGGGAGAAAACUGCUAAACAGUGUACUGUUCUACUGAGUAGGAAUUAUUUCUCUUGAAUAAGUAUAAAAAGGGGAGAGUGGUGAGGGGGGUGGGGGGAAGGCCUUCAGAGUUAAAAAUGGAAAUACAAUGUACCUUUAAACAACUUCUUAUCAUGAACCGCUUGAUGGAUUCUUAUCCAACUUGGUCUGUAGUAUCAUUAUAUGGUCCUCUCCCAAGUUUAUUUUUUCAAUUAAGGACACUUGGUCCCUUUUAGGGGCUGCUAGAGCUAAAAGUAAUAGAAAUACUUUAAAAGUCUUCUUCUCAUGAACCGCUUGAUGGAUCUGCAUUAAACUUUGACUGUAACAUAAUUAUAUGGUCCUUUCCCAAAUUCGUUCAAAAGUGAACACUUGGGCCCUUUUAUGAGCUGUCAGAGCUAAAAAUAGAAAAAAACUAGCUAAACUGUAAUAAUGCAUAUUGAAUAAGGAAGAAAACUGUUAAACAGUGUCCUGUUCUACUGAGUAAGAAUUAGAAGGAGAUUUUCACCAAACCUAGUUAGAAGGAAAGUCAGAUGGUUAAGGCUUUAUUCAGGUGAGCGGCUUAGGCCCAUUUGGCCCUCUUAUUGUUAUUUUGACACAAACAAAGGAAAAUGAGAACUUGAAGAUGUAUGUUUUCUCUUUACCUCACGUUUUGAAAUAUUACAAAGAUGCAUAUGUCCCAUUUUACACAUCAUGGAUGCAUUUUGAAGUCUGGAGACGCAUUUACACUGCCCAUCCCGCCCCAUCAUCUCACCUCUUUACCCUUUCCUCACAUUUUUACACAUUACGAAGGCAUUAUGAAGUCUGAAGAUUCAUAUAUCCCCUAUUCCUGACAUUUUUUUUUACAUUACGACUGAAGAUGUGUAAUAUAUCCCCUAUUCCGGACAUUUUGGCGGGAGAUGUGUAAUAUAUCGCCUAUUCCGGACAUUUUGGCGGGAGAUGUGUAAUAUGUCCCCUAUUCCGGAGAUUUUUUACCAUUAUGAAAGUAUUUUUAUACGCAUUUUAUAAACGGUUGUCACAAAGUAACAUUUUAACAUAUUUUGGUAUUUUAUAAUAUAGAAUGAUAUAGAAUAACUUUGUUUUUUCUUGAUCUCUUUUUUCUCUAACACAUUCCAGCAGACUGUUUCACAAAAUUUUCAUGUGGAAUUGGAUCAUUUUACGCUUAAAGAUUAGGAUACAUUGUGUUUGAAGGUUUUAUAUAUAUAUAUAUAUUCUUUUUUUCUUGUUGGCUUACAUCAGAAUAUAUUUCUUUGAAUUUUACAUAUAAGGACUUUAAUGUCUAAUAAAUAAUUUAAUAACAAAUGUGGUUGCUGUAACAGUAGAUAUUCCAUAUAUGGAUCCUAUGGUUGCUUAAAAGGUGCAAGAGUUUUUUCUUGAAACUUGGUAUUUGGUAGAAGACAACAUGGAGAAUUUUAGUCUUUUUGUUCAUCUACUUGUCCGUAGAAUUUACAUCAGUUGCAAAUGAUGGAUUCUGCUAAGCCUCUAAGUACGAGAUUUUUUAUGAAACUUAGAGCGUAAAUGUAAGUCUUUAAUAUUACAUCAGUUUAUUAUGACCUUUUAUCCAUACAUUCGUCUGUCUGUCUGCCCAUCCGCCAGUCACAAAAGAUGGAUCUUGCUGAACUUAAAAAUGUACAAGCUAUUUUUUUUGAAACUCGGAUUAUAGAUGGUGGUUUAUUUGAACUUUCUGCAGAACCUUCUACUAAGUUUCAGUAUGAAAUAAUAUGAUUCUUACAACAACAAAUGUGACAAAUGCUCUUUUUUUUCAGUACGGGACUUUUAUUGCAGGUAAAUGGAUCUGUUACCUGUAUGGUGUAAGACUAGUUAUUUUUGCAAUGGAUUUAUUCACAAUAACUGCAUCUCAGCACAAUAUUGUAUAUUAUACAAACACUUAGAUAGAUAAUUAUUUAUAUUUCUAAUGUAUAUUACACACACGUGUACAUACAUUCCAAAAACUUGUACUACAAUGUACACAUAAGUUUAUAUUUUGUGCAUAUAUUUUGUUAUUUGUGUACUUUUGGUAAAAAAAAUAAAAC